UCGGUCAGCGGGGGAGGUUGCGCUUACGAAUACCGCGUGGAGCACGUAAACGCGCGGCGGCGGGCAACGUGUAUACAAAUGGUACGCAAUAGUAAACGAACCACUUUCGACGUAAUAACGAUUCACGUACCGUGUCACUUUGCUGAUUGAUUAUACAAAAUCGCGUGUGAAUUCGUGUGGUGUUCACUUUGAAACGCUUCGGUUGAUCGACCGCGCUACCCUCUCUUUCUUUCCCUUUGGAUGAUAAAGGGGCUGACUCGGUUCUCUUUGGUCCAGUGGUAAGAAAAGGGAUGAGAGGGAUGAUCGAGUAACGAGGCUGCCUUUGGGCGUUCGUCGUUGAUUUUGAUGGAGCAUGGGAACCACGUGCGUUUCGUACCACGUGUGACAUGAUUUUUUUACCGAAUUCUCAUUGAGACGGCCGGCGAAAACGAAGAGGACGAGAGGUAACGCUUAGAGACAUGGAACUGGCCGGUACGAUGACCUCGAAACAAUCAGAGAAACUCGCGAUUUAUCGAGUCGUGCGCGCGUCUCGGGACCAGAGCGACGAUAAUUCGAAGUGAAACGAUGUUAAUUACGGCGUUGGACAGGCGUGUGAUCGGUGGCGCGGCAGCGGGUCGCCUAACGAGCGCGAAAAAACCGAGUCGACCGAGAAACGGUCCCUGCUAAUUGGAUAUACCUACCGAUACAGAGAUUGACGUCCCUUCGGAAUAAUCGCCGGUUAGCUCGUUAACUCUCCUCCGUAUUGAGUCGGCGGAAACACCGCGAGAUCAUCCGGACCAUUAUCGAUCAUCGAAAUGAAGCUGGGGGACAACGUGACUAUGGAAGCGUACAACCUAUGGGGCGAUGUUCCUGCACGAAAAUGCCGGCCACCGAAGAUCGGCGACAUCCCAAAAUUUUUCUGACCGCAGGCACAGCGCGAUCGACGAGGAGUCGCCGGGAUCGAUUUCAAAGUCCUUGACGGUCGCCGUGGCAGAGGACACAUCGAAAAUCAUAUUCCCGUUGCCUUCCACCGCGUCCACCGAUCAAUUUUCGAGUCGAAGAAUUGGCAGUCUGGCAUCCAAGGAAUCCAGAUUCCAGUAUCCUCAAACCGUUUGGAAGAAAUCGAGCGUGCUAGACAAAUCGCCGAGUCCGGCGGAAGGGAAAGUGUCUGUCAAGCUGCUUUCGGGAGAGUCGGCCAAGCCUUGUGAAGAUUCCACCAGGAUUCCAUCCAGUCCCGAGGAUACAUCCGAUCAGGAGAUAGUGGAAGUGAGAAAGGACAGUGCGUUGUUCCUGGAAGAAGCCGAAGGACUUCCUUCGCUCAGGGAGAUCUUAAAGUCCAGAAGCCAUAGAGUGAACCGACCUAGAAGAGAGAGCAGUGGGUACGCGAGCAAUCUAGGGACCUUCGAUGAGGACAGAAGGAAUUCUUCCACCGUCGACGUCCUGCAGGAUUUCUCUCUGUCGUUCAAGGAGAGGCGGAGAUCCUCCACAGGCCCGAAACGGUUGAACUCGAGAAUUCUGUUGAGUAGACCCGAGGAGAAUUUGACGGAGGGCGUCGAAAGCGAAAGGAUGCCUACCACAGAGGUUCACAGAAAGGUAUCCAACACCGGAUUCGAGAUGCCGAACAUCGAAGAGACGAAAGAGACCCUCAGAGGCAGGGAAACGAGUUUAGGCGACAAUUCCAGUUUAGUAAAUCGCGUGAGCCCUACGAUUUUCGAUUCUUCGCUCUGCGAUUCUAUAAAUCGAAUGUCAAUGUCAUCUCCUACCUCGAGGAGUUCGGUCCAAAUCCCGUCGAUCUCUGACUCCAGUUGCAUAAAAAGUGCAAACAUCGUUGGACCUGUUAAUAGAUCCGAUGAGGCUUUUAGUAAACUAAAGACCAUAAACUCUGAGAAAUGCAGAGGCUUCGUAUCGGAAACCAAGGAGGAUCCCCUGAGGACUGAUAAAGGCAAACUGCGCGAUCAGAUGACUCAGAAAUCCGUCAAAGACAACGUUUAUCUCAACAUCAUUCCACGUCCCGUAAAAAUGUACCAAUUACUGUCCACCCAAUCGGAAGACAGGGUGGACAACGAAUUGCAAUUGGACAGCAGGAUAGCCUUUCAAGUCUCCAAACAAGACGACGUGAGCGCGUGCGUUGGAACUUCCUCGGAGCCCAGAAACGCGUCGUCGAAUAUUUUUACGCUAAAGGGAAGCAUUUCCAGCGACAUACAGACGCUGACGUCGGACGACGACUCGAAUAUAAGAAACGUGAUCUCGACCGGAGAAGCCGGGGGUCAGAGGUACUUGGGUGACGCCUCCAGCGUUUCCGUGAGACCUAUCUAUCCCUACUGUCCUUAUUCUCCUUACGGGAGCCCUCAAGGGUCGCCUAGGAACAGGAGGAGACCUCUCAGAGAGAGCAGAAGGGUCUCCAUCGAUAAUAGACAAGGCGCUCUUCAGCUGAAUCAGUACAAGCUCCUGGACAACAUCGGUCAGGGUUCUUACGGAAUCGUAAAGCUCGUUUACAAUGAAGAAGACGACACACACUACGCGAUGAAAAUCCUCAGCAAGAAGAAGCUGAUGAAAAAAGCUGGUAUAUUUGGUAGAAUGGCGCCCGGGAAAAAGGGCGCUGUGAACCCUUUGGCAAAAGUGUACAGGGAGAUCGCGCUGCUGAAAAAACUGGACCACCCGAACGUGGUGAAACUGGUCGAAGUCCUCGACGAUCCGGACGAGGACAAUUUGUACCUCGUCUUCGAACUGGUUCAAAGGGGAGAGAUCCUUCAGGUGCCUACUGAUCAACCCUUGCACGAGGAAACUGCCAGGAAAAACUUCCGCGACAUCGUCCUGGGCGUCGAGUAUCUUCAUUAUCAGAGGAUAGUUCACCGCGACAUAAAGCCUAGUAACUUGUUGGUGGACAGCGAGGGUCGGAUUAAAAUUGCGGAUCUCGGGGUGAGCGCCGAGUUGAGAGGUUCGGGCGAGUUGUUAUCGGGACCGGCAGGCACACCUGCGUUCGCGGCGCCCGAAACAACUGUACCUGGCAGUCAUUAUUCCGGACCGCUGUGCGAUGUGUGGUCGAUGGGAGUCACGCUGUAUUGUUUGGUGACCGGAAGGAUCCCGUGGGACGGGGCCGGAAGCAUAAUCGGUGUCCAAGCGGCGAUACGCACCGAACCGUUAAGAUUUCCGGAGAGACCGGCUCUCUCGGAAGAUCUCCGCGAAUUGAUUACGAAAAUGCUGGCCAAGGAUCCGACUGAGAGGAUUACGUUGGCGGAGAUGAAAGAACACGCGUGGCUGACCAAUCGCGGGGUAGAACCGUUGCCCAGUGAGUCUGAAAACUGUCGACUUCCGGUCACCGUGACCGACGAGGAGGUGGAACGCGUAGUCACCAGAAUACCCAAGCUCGACACUCUCAUCCUGAUCAAGACGAUGCUGAAGCAGCACAGCUUUCAGAAUCCCUUCCUACCGAAGAAAGGCGGAAAGGCAGCGGGCACUGAGACAGUUGCGUGCAGUAUAGAGUUGACUCCGUCGGAAAGCGGCGAGGAAGCCUUGCAAGGAACGAAAAUGAACAGAAACGUGAAGAGCGAGAGAUUUCAAAGAACAGGAAGAAGCAAUUCCGCGCCGGACUCUUACGACUGGCAAGUCGGCAGGCAAAUAUCGAUGGACAGCCCGCUGCCUCCCGUGUCAGAAGUCUCGACCCAGGAGACGGAGAUCGAAAAACGGUGAUACCACUGAGAACCUCGGAUCCACGCGUCGAAGGUAAACCCAUCGAUCGACCGUUCGAUCGAUAAACACGGUAUGAGCCGAUUCCAGUGUUCGACGAUCGACCGAGUUUAAUGAGCUCUGUAUGAUUAAUUUAUGAGCUCGAGUUCAAACGGUGAAAAGUCGCUCGGUCAACGCCGAGCCUUUAAAAAUGAUUUUGCUUCUCAUUUGGUACGAGAGAAAUUUAAUUAAAUCAUGGAGAAUUCGCUUUGAAAGGCGGUUCCUAAAACUCGCAGGUAACGAGUGUAAGCGUUGAACGAUUUCGAAAGCUGUUAAGGGUGGAAUUACUAAAGUCGUUUUAAUUAUGGGAUGAAGUCAAUGAAGUAAUCGGAGCGCGGUCCGAUUAACAGUAUCGAAAAACGGAGACUGCGCUUGGCCGAAUGUAAUUGUACCCAGUUCCAAGUACGGCAAUCGUGUACCUACGAUGAAACCAAUUUUAAAUGUUGACUACCGGCCGCGGGAAGCCGGACGGCGUUUUACUUAUGAAUUUUAACUAAAUAGAUCAUUUAAGAAACUGUAAGUAGCUAGAGGACAGGCGCGAACGAGCUGACUUGGGAGAAAUUAAAUCGUAUUUUGUAGACCGUAGAACGUAAGGGGCUUGAGCCCGUCGAGACAACGACACAUUCUCUAGGCAAAUUACGUUAUCGGUAUUUCCCUUUUUCGUUCCGCGCGGCGAAUGCAUUAUUUCUAGUUUCUCAACGUUUCUAUAUACAUCGCGAUUCAAAGCCACGUUCUCGUGGCUUGUAUACGUAUAAGAGAAGCCUCGCAGGUGCGAAGCACGCGACCAAAGCAGAUUCGUGAUUCCGUUGGACCUUACUGAUACACGGGGACCAUAAACAUAAAUUGCACACUUAAAAACGAUCGACGUUGAUCGUCGCAUCGUGCCCCGAAAUUUUUUCGGAACGUUUCACGUUCUUCUAGUGUUGUCAACUUGAAAUUAUGACCAGAUCGUAAAAUGAAAUGGCGAACCGAAAUCUCUGUGAAGUGAAUUACAGUUGUUCGAAAUUGGUAGACCGUGUUUAAUUCGAUGUAUGUGUAAUAACAGAGAGUAUUCGGAUUUCAGAUUGACGAUAUUUCUGACGGUAUGUAAUAUUCUCAGCUUACUCGCUUCGCGCGUACAUAUAAAGCUUGCGCUUCCUCUCAGCCGUACUUCUCUUAAGCGAUUUUUCAAACUUCCUUACUAUACCGCGUAGAAACUUGAUCGAAAGAUGCAAAACGAGCAUCGCAUCGUGUCGUUCUUUCUUAUUCUUCGAUAUUCAAGAUUUUCCUCUCGAGACGGAAAUAUUACGUAUCUCCAGAAAUAUUUUUCAAACCAGCUCGGCGAACUAUUGUACCACUAUAGAUGUAUCUCUCUUCUUACGAAACUGCACAAGAUAUUUUAUACCUCGUAAUUAGAUACGCACUAUGUUUCUUAAUGUACUUCGAAUAAAAGUAAUCUAAUCGACCCUCAAUUGCCAGCCAAUUUUGUUCGAUGAAAUUCAGAGCUGCGAUUGAACACUGAAAUAAACCGACGCAUGUGUAUGUUACCUUAUUGGUUUGAUAGAGAACUUUCCAUUCGAGCGAAUUGUGAAUUGGCCAAUUGAGGGUCCAAUAUCGGCGAGUGAUCGAUUAUUGAACGCGAGACGAAGCGAGAAAUCGUCGGAGCCGAGUGGAGGGCAUUGACUGACGCUCUGACCAAAAAUAUUAGAACGUUACCAAUUUGUCAGUCGAGUCAAGAUUUUUUUUUUAAUUUAAUGGACAAUCAAUCCUGUAGACGAUUUCGGUUGUUCGUUUUACGCGAACAGAACCGUUAGAGGCGGAAGGUUUUGGUCGUCCACUGCCGUAACUUUGACCAGUGAAGACGAGGAGUGAAAAUACUUUCAUCGUAAGUACCACUCGAUAGACGUGCGAAUGUUUUUUAUAUAAAUCUUAGGCAAUUUAUGAUCUCUCUUCCCUAUAUUUACCCUCGGCCUCUCGUCGUUGUUGUUUCUGAUUCUGUCAAGCUUUAUUUCGACUUGUUGUAGAAUGUCCUUUUAUCAAUAAUAACGAUCUUUACAGAG